UUGGACGUUGCAACUGGUGCAAGUCUGAAAAGGUAAGAGCUGUGAAGUUUACUUGCAUAUCAUUUGAGUUCAAUUGUAAUCCUUUGCUGGAAAGUUAUGUAUAUGUUGAACAUGUUCCAGCAUAAAGUAAGACUCUGCUCUGCUGAGAUUCCUUUGGUACCCAGGCUAAGCUAAGGGCUAAAGUCAGCAGCACUCCAUAUCUGUAGGCUAUUGUCCUGAUUAAUUUUACACUAAUUUCAUUUUCUCAAUUUUCUAAUUACAGCUUGUUCUGAGUAAUGAAAAUGAACAAUUUUGCUAAUAAAUGAGUUUUGAAAGGACCUAAGAAAACAGCAGAUGGAAAUUGUAAAAUGCCAACUGAUUCCUCAAAGACAACAGAACAUUGUAGAUUAGUUUAUGAAGGCAACAAGGACUCUGACAUUCCUAGAAAUAACUUGAGAUUUUACACUAAACAAGCCUUUUCUGUGCACAAAAGAAUGUGGCUUUGCCCCCAAAAUAACAGUAUGUAUGAAGAUGUUUUAACCAGAAUGCAACUGAACGAAGUCAGAGUUGGAAUGGAUACUGAGGAGACCAAGGCAGGAAGAUCAAUGCAUGCAAGCCCUGGCAAAAUACCAGAGCUGGAAAACUUUGAGUUGGAUGCUGUUCAUUUGAACAUUAAUGCAACAUUAAUUGAACAUUCUCCACAGGUUACUUUGAGCAAGAAAUCAAAGGAGAAAGAAAAAGAGGGAGGUGAUCAGAGUCUGCCUGUUAAAGGAAAGCAGGCUGAUAUUUCUAAGGCCUUGAAUGAAAAGUUGCAACAAAAAGAUUUGGAAAAUCAACAUAUUCACUUGCUGCUGAUGUUUUAUCAGGAGUUAAAGGAUGUAAAAGAGAUGUGGGAGCUAAAGGAAGCAAAGUCCCACAUCAUGGCAGAAAAACUAAAACAGGAGGAACAAAAGAAUCUUGAGGUUAUUGAGAGAUUUAACAGUGUUUGUGAGGAUAUGAGGGUGGAAAUCUCCAUAGCCAAAAGCAACAAUGAAAGAUUUGUCAAGCAGCUCAAAGCUCUGCUGGAAAAAUAUGAACGACUCCAAAGACAUGCCAAUACGUUCAAGGAGCAACUUCUAGAGCAGCAUACUAAGAAAAAAAGAUAUCAAAAAACAUUUAAAAAGAUGCAACAGAAGACUGAAGAGCUAUUAAUGAAUCGGACUCUCCUGGAAGAACAGAAGGAUAACAUACUGAGAGAGCUCUCUGCAUGCAGGAAAAAAAUACAGGCAAUGGAAGAGGAGCACAAGCAGUGCAUUAAAAUGAUCAAUUCUGCUGAAGAGAGAUCAGCCCUGAAAGCUGAAUAUGGUAGCCUUAGUGAACAACUGUAUAAGACUCAAGUGGAGAACAAAAAACUCGUUCAAGCAGUACAAUCCAAAGAACUAGAAAAGAGGAGGGCUGAAAAAAAACUACAGGACUCACAAAAGGCACUUAAACAAUUGUAUGAAGAAUUGGAUGAGAGUAAAAUAAAAACAGAAUCAGUUUAUCUGCAAUUGGAAUCCAUGAAAAAAGAAUUCAAACUUAUUAAUAGCAGACAUAAAGUGGAGAUACUUCAUCUAAAGGAGCAACAAAAGGCCUGUAUAGGACAGUUUGAAAGUAUGAAAACUGAGUGCAAGACCUUAAAUGAAGUUGUCUCUAAACAGAAAAAAGACAAAUGCAUGCUGAAAGAGGAGCUGGAACACCUUUGGAAAGAAAAGGUAAAGUCUGAGAAAGCUAGCAAACAGGAAGGUGAGAGACUAAGGGAGGCCAUGGGUUUGCUGGAGCAGGAGAGAAAUCUGCUUCUGAACGAAAUGGGAGAUUUGCGGAAGGAUUACUUCAGUCUCAGUGAUCGCAUCACACAGAGGCUUAGGCAGCUGGACCAGACUGAUGAUCCCAUGUGCAUAACAAAAAUAUCAGUUCAACACCACAGGGCACCCAACGCAGAGAAGACAGUUGCCCCAACUACAAGUAUGAACAUGAUAGAGCAAAUAAGGAGAAAACAAGAGGAUGAAGAAAAGGGUUGUCAAAGAAACUGGGCCUCUGCUUCAGAAGUAACAUAUGACAUGUCUACAGCUUAUGUUCCAGUAACUCAUGAAAUGACACUGGAGAGGCCUUUUAACAUGAGCACUCUUGAAUGUAGUUGAACUUUCUGAAAGUAGUCAUGCCAGUACAUUUUCCACCUACAAAUAUUUACCUUAUGCUUGAAAAGACUUACUCUCCAGCAAAUUAUUUCCUU